CUGUUGGAUCUUGGGCGCGCACUGCCAUGGCUGGUUGGAAAGUGCUGGUUCCAGCCACUGUGGCAAUGGUGCUGCUGGUUUGCACAGUACCUGGUCCACAGCUUUGGAUUGAUAGGCGGCAAGUCCAACUGGCAUUGCGAAGAUCGCCGCCGAACGAGACUCUGGACACCAAUAUCACCAAUGAGACUGGGCAGGAAGGGGUCACAGUGGUUGCGGAGCUGCCAACCACUGGCACACCAACCUCACCCACGAUGCUUGCAACAACCUCUAUGAUUGCGACCACACAGAUCACAGACGGAACCACUGAGGGCACCGAGGGAACCACAGUGCCAAGGAUGUCGUUACCAUUCGUACCAUCACUGCGUUUGGGACAAACUCGGAAGGAACUUAAAUUCAUCCACAUUACCAAGACUGGAGGCACUGCAAUCGAAGAUUGGGCCAAAGGCCGCGGCUUGCGCUGGGGACGAUUCCACUCUGAGUAUGGAGCGCGUGGUCUACCUGGCAGCCCCUGGCAUCAUCCCUUUCCAAAGCUUCCUUCAAGUUUACGACAUCGCUAUGAUUGGUUUCUGGUUGUGCGGGACCCUGUGGAACGCAUCGUCUCAGAAUACUACUGCCCGUUCACUGGCACAAAGACUCCAAAAACGGACACCGAAGAUGUAUUCAACAAGUUCGUGCAAAGCUCUCUAGAUGGCAGCAGAUGGAUACACCCUGGCAGUUUCCAAGCCAUGUCUGAUUACCUGGACCCCAGCAGUGUGCAACACGUGUUGCACUUUGAGACCUUGGGCCUGGCCGGAGCCGUAUGGAUCCGCCAGAAAUCACCCAGUUUUCUCAUGCCUCAAGGGAUCUCUUGGGAUACCUUGGGAUACCUUAUAAGAAUGGAAAGAUCCACCAUUCUCAAUGGGAAAACUCACUAUAAAUCACCAUUUUCAAUAGCAAACUGUUAAAUGACCAGAGGGUAGAUGGUACUGUAAGAUGGUUCUGUAAGAUACACUUAAGAUACCUUAUGCAUCCUUAUGCCAUGGUUCUCCUUUGCCAUGGUCGUCUUUGCUCUCGCAUGAUGGCUCAACCAGGCUAUUGCGGGCAUAUGGCAUCAGCUUCAAUGGUAUGCCGCGAAAGAAUGUGGCAAAGGGCCAGAAGUUCAACAGCAGCAAUUUGUGGCCAAACACCUUGAAAAUGAUCCGGGCGAAAUAUGCGGCUGACUUUGAGAACUUCAACUAUACCUGUCAAAGGUGCCCCAACUGAGCUGGCCUGAGGUUAUCAUGACCAUCAGGUUUGACAGCACACU